AUGGCGCUCUCGCCGAGCCACUCCGGCGUCUCCUCCUCUUCUGAUGAUGAAGCACCACCCGCUGCUCCCGCCUCCUUUUCAGUGAUCCAGGGCGUCUCCAUUCGCCAUCAUGUCCCUGUCAUCCUCGACAUGGAUGAGGGCAACUAUGGCCAGUGGUGCCUCUUCUUCGACUCCACGCUCGGUAAGUUCGGUCUCCGGAGUCACGUCCGCAACACCACUCCGACUGUUGACCGCGACGGCGAGUGGCGCAUGGUGGAUUCCUGCGUCAUCAACUGGAUCCUCGCCACCGUCUCGUCGGCCAUCUUCGACAUGGUGCAUCACGAUCGCAACGAUGACUUUCUCCUGUGGCACACGAUCGAGGGGCUGUUCCGCAACAACGAACUGCAGCGCACCGUUCUCCUCGAGACCGAGCUGCGUUCCCUGCAACAAGGCGACAUGUCCAUCAACGACUACUGCACCAAGCUGAAGCGCCUUGCCGACAAGCUGCGCGACAUCGGCCAUCCCGUCUCCGAGCCGAGCCAAGUUCUCAAUCUUCUGUGUAGCCUCAACCCUCGCUACCGCUACGUCAAGCCCGUCAUCACCUCCAAGUACCCUUCGCACACCUUCCAGAGUGCCCGCUCCUUCCUUGUUCUUGAGGAACUCGGUGCCCAACAUGAUGCCAAUGCUGAGGCCGGCCAAGCUCUCACCGCAACCCAUGGUGACUCCUCCAACACUGCUCCCACCGGUGCCCAGGGCGGCUCGUCUUCUUCUUCUUCAUCCCGCUCCAACACUGGUGGUGGCAACACUCGAUCCAACAACCGCUCCGAUCGCCGCCGUGGCCGCGGUCGUGGCAACAACUCCGGCAGCGGCGACGGCCAACGCUCCAACACCUCCUCCGGCAACAACACCCAGACCGCACUGUGGGCCGCGGGCUACAACCCCUGGCAGGCCAUGGUACAGGCCUGGCCAAUGCCCUUCCGUGUGCCAGGAGCCGGUGUUUUGGGUCCCCGACCACCCUUCCAGCCCCAGCAGGCCAUGACGGUGGCGCACCAGCCCACCUCGUCUUCCGGCGGUGCCUUUGACACCAGUGGCCUCUACGCCGCCCUCCAGUCUGCCGGCGUACAGCAUCAACCCCCGAGCGCCACUGACUGGUACUUCGACACCGGCGCGUUGUCACACAUGUCUUCUUCCCCUGGAUCUUCCUUCCAGGGUGGAGAUGCUCCAAUGUGA